AUGGAUGAAUCAAUUUUAAACCACUUGUUUCUUCCACAUGAUCUCCCAUCUUCUGCUGAUGAUGAUUUUUUAAGUCAAUGUGAUCAUCAAAAUGAAUAUCUGCUAUUGGAAUGUAUGAAGGAGUAUUUGGUUUCGUUUGCAUCAACUCAGACAAACAAUAUAUUACCAAUCUUUCGCACAUUGACUGAUUGCAUACAACUUUGGUCUACCUUACAAAAUCAUCAAACGACUUCAGUACCUGAUUUACAAGCUGCCAUUAAGCAACUACCAUUGGGACAUUUUCUUCCUCUCUAUUUUCAUGCGCAAAAUGCUGCAAUUUUAAUUGAAAUAGAUGAAAAUAAUGCCAAUCAACCAUUAAUUUCAUCAUGGCAGGUCCUAUUACCAUCUGCAGAAAUAACUUCAUCUGUAGUACCUCAUCUUUCCUGUUUUCCUGUAACAACAUAUCGGUUGAAUGAUCGAUCUCAAUUAAGUUCGAAAGGUCAUUGUGAAUUGUUAAUGGAUUUUAUGACUAAUACCAUUGAAUAUUCCAAAUCUCAUAAAGCUUCUCGCGAAGUCUCUGAAAUACGUGAGGUACCGGAAUCACAUUACGUAUGUCAGUGGUGGAUUCAACAGUUUCAAGGGAUAAACAUCGAAAAUAAUUCCGAUAGGUCCUAUCAAUUCAAGAAAAAACAUCGUGACCACAUUCGAUGGAACAAUGCAUUAUUACCUUUUCGACGAUCUGGAUUAUGGAUGACAAUCAAAGUAGUUUUGCAUACCAUUUUAACCAAGCGUUUGGAAUAUGAUGGUACUAUUGUUUAUAAAUUAUUGAUCACUCAUUUUCUUACAUAUGUUAUUUCCUCAAAAUCAUGUUCGACCGAUUUAUUAGUUCAUUGCAUUCGAAAAAUUGUACGUCGAUUGAAUAAAUUUGAAGGUUUGUCGUUUCCUAUCAAUGCAAAUAAUGUAAAAGAAUGGAUACAAUUUAUGAAACAAGUAAUAAAAACAAAUAUUGAUCGAAUUUUUCCAAAAUCAGAUUGGUAUAAAUCUAUGCAAAUGAGUGAAAAAAAGAAUCACAUUAUAUCAAUGACCAACAUCGAACUGGAUCGUCCUGAAAUUUAUCAGCAUUUUUGUUUACACUUAAAAGCAUAUCUGAAUAAUCAGAAUUCAAGUGAAACAUUGAAACAUUUUUCAGGUAUCAAUACCUGUGAUGAUUCAACGAAUGUUAAUCAAGCAGACUAUAUACCGUCUUAUGAUGUAUUAACAAAACAAAGAAACUAUACAAUUGGAAUAGCUUUAACUUAUUUGGAAAUUUGGGUUGAAUUACGUUUAGAGCAAUGGAUAAAUCGUCCGUCGCCAUAUAUAAAUGGAAAAAAUUGUUUCGAAAUUUUAUUAGGUUUUUAUGAAGAAUAUCAGAAUGCAGCAUUAUGUCAUUACUGGUCAAAAAACGGUCCGACAGAUCCAGUUGGUUACAGUCGAUUUAUUGUGACGUCAUUAACAAUUAUUCGUUCGAUACAUAAAAAGUUAUGUAAUGAUCCAAGAUUCAAACGAUUAGAACUACAUUCAAUUCGUAUCCCCAAUCUUAUUGAUUUGUUCGAACUUCUGGUCAUACCGCAUCGUGAAGAUAUGAUUAGGGCACGUAGCCUCUAUCAUUAUUUUAAAGCAUUCAGUACCAAACAAUAUCCUGAUCUUUUAUCAAACAUUGAGCAUUCUAGUGCAUUUGGUGUAUCUUUUGCCGAUCUAAUACCGGAGAUGAACACAAGUAUACGAAAAAUCCGAGCUCAAGCUGAACAAGAUAAACAACAGAAAAUAUGGGAAGUAAACAAUGCCAAAAAAAGAUAUACACAACUUAUAAAUUCAGUAAGUAGUUUAUCUUGUAGCUGUGAUUAUAAAUAUGGGCGUCGGAUCACAUGCCACAAAUGUCAGAUCCGUGAAGAAGCAAACAACAUUCAAGUGAAAGUAUUCGAAUGUCCCAUACCAUCUACACACGAGAGUGCAUUGGCUGUUAUUUUUGAAUUACAGAUGCCUAUUGAAAUAAGAUGUUAUAGAGAUAUUCUUUGGCAAUUUACGAAUCGUCCUUAUCCACAUCCUCAGCAUAAUAUGUAUGAAUGGUUAACGGUGCCGCCUCAUGACAACAAGCUACGACCAUUUUAUACUGGCUCAAAUAACUGCAAAGUGAAACUAGUAUCUUCUACUAAAUCUGUCACACAAACUCAUUAUUCAUAUCCACCGUCAAUUUCAUCUGCACCUGUGAAAGACUUCUUAUUCGAAAAUAGUUUGCAAGUGCAAAUCUCGCCAACCAAACCAAUUGAAUUUGAGGACGAACGGCGUAUAUUAACUCCUCAACUUGAUCAUCCAGAUUACAAACCAUUACAAUUUACUCUAAAUACUACACAAUUUUUACAAAAUCACGUCAUUGCUAGAUUGUCUGAUUGUUCAGCAAAAUUAAAACCAACGCAGUUUGUUGAAUUUGGUUCAUUUCGAUCGGGUCAUCGUUUACAAUGGUGGAAUCUCUUAACGAUUUUUGAAAUGGACUCCUUGUCCAUUGCUGAAGAAAGUGUAGCAAUAUUAAUUAUACAUUCCAUUUUACAAUAUGGACCAUUGAUAGCAGAUUCUGAUAUAUCAUCCAAUUCGUGGUGUCCAGAAUCACAUCAGCAGUUGUUAGAAGAUCAUUUUGUGGACGAAUUCCUCUCAAGAUUAGAUCAUCAUUUAAAUGAUUGUGAAUUAAAUUGGCAGAAUGAAUUGGUAUUAGUAGUAAUUACGAUGAUUACUAUGAGAAUAUUAACAAUUUGUAAUACAACUAGAAAAGAUAAAGUUGCUAAUCUGGCAAUAAAAUGUCGUAAAACUGGUGAAAAAUGGAUUGAUCUUAUUUCAAAAUGUAUUCAAACUAUAUCUCCAUCAGUGUUUAAUGAAGUAGAAAAACUUCGUCUUAAAAUGGUGAAUAUUGGUAUUUCCUGUCUAUUAACAUUUUCAACUCACCAAGAUCGAAUCAAUUGUUUAUUAUCAUCCGAUGAACAUGUUAUAUCCUUACUGCAAGCAGCAACGACUGUUCAUGAUAAUAUUAUUUUAAACAAGAAUCAAUCUAAUAUGAGCACAUUCAUGAGAAAUAUGAUGAGAUUUAGUGAGCAUGUCUUAGUAGUGGUACAGCCAACUCUUGCUGAAUUUCUUAAAAAUACGUCCUGUCAAAGUUUAAAUGAAUUUUCUGCAACCUACUGGGCAGUUAUCAAGCGAAAUGGCUAUAUGAAUGGACAAUGGAAGAAACGAAAGACAGAUUCAUAUGAUGGUUGGUACGAUUGUCAAUAUGGAUCGAGAUAUAUAUCAAUUGACUGUAUCAGAGGAAAGUUUUUAGUUGAUGGCAUGACUAUAGGUUUUUUACCUGAAACAAUCACUUCCAAUGAAUUAUUUUUACGUGUAUUUGGUUAUCAUAUUUUUGAAGUUCAAGCGGCUGAAGCACCUAAUACUUAUAUUACCAAGCAUUCAUAUCACGGUAAUGGAAGAGUUCAAUAUGAAUUUCAUUUUAAUGAUCAAACCAAACAUUUAAUAAUUACUGAACGACACAUACAAGUAGACAAUGGUUUUGCAUUUCAAUUGAUUCCUCAUGGUUGUUUCAUAACUGAAUUACCAGAUAUGUUUGUCUCCAAUUACAGUCAUUGGUGGAAUGCAAAAGACCAGAUACUUGAAUUUCGACCUAUUCGUUUCAAAGAAGCCGAUUUUUUAGAUAACAAACCCUACAUACUAUCAAUGAACACAGGGCGCGUAACCUGUACCGAAACAACUAAUAAACAAAUUUUAGUGAAUCAAUCAUCAACAUUUUUUCAAAGUUUGUUCAACCAUUAUUUUAUUCGUCUCGACAAUAAACCUUAUGUCUAUAUGAUGAAAGAUAGUACUUCGAAGAGUAACAGCAUCAUUCAUAUUCAUUUAUCACGUUUAGGAAUUGCAUUCAAAUACGAUGCUAGCAGCAACAUCAUCACGUCUCGUGAAUAUUCUGACAUGUGUGUUGAAGAAAAUCAAUGGGUGGGGACUUUAACUGGUUUGCAAUCUGGUCUUCUCUUAUCACCAUCACCCGUCAAUAAUCAAAGGUUAGAAAAUUAUCCAUAUCGAAAAUUAAUCGUACCUUUUGGGGAGGUUCAUAGUGCAGAAACUUCCGUUAAUCAUCAAACCGUUACUAUACAACGAAUAUCGACGAAUCCAUUUCUCCAUCAAUAUUUUGUGUUUAUUAUAAAUGAUCGAUUAAAAAUUCUUCAAUCGACUGAUAGUCCCACUGGAUGGCUUUAUUUAGCAUUAUUACAUGCCAUGACUUCGCAUCCCUUACCAGAUGAAUAUACUGAAAUGACAGGAAUGGAACGUGCCUUCCAGUUAUUGAACUCAGCUGGCUGUUGGUCUGAUCAACCUUUCGAUGGGCUUUCUUUAAAUAUUCUUGGUCAAAUUGGUGGCAUCUCACCCAACGUUGAUUAUUAUCCGAAACAUAUCACUUCUAUGGAAAGAAUUGAUUGGAACAUUGAAGGUAUGCCUUAUUCCAUACAACAUUUUGGUUACUAUUUGUUAGCAAAAAGAUUAAUUGAGACCAGUCAGCGAUUGAAUUUUAUGCAUUCCUCAUCUAAAUUCGAUGAAAUACCAAAAAUAUUUGAUGAAAAAACAACCAAUGAAUCAUUAUUGAAGAAACUCUAUUGGGAUUAUCGAGAUUCAUACAAUCCCUUAGCAAGGUUACCUGCAGAGAUAGAAACGGACAUCCAUUAUCAUUCAGAACCAUAUCAAUCAUCUUUAGAGCAUUGUCCACGUGUCACGAAUUACAAUACUGUUCGUCUGAUAGAUGAUUUAUACAAGGAUGGAGAAGUAAACCUUAUAGAUUGUUCAAAGCAAAAUUGGUUACCCUUAUCUCAAUGGUUGAAUGAUGAUAAUAGACUGAAAAAUGUUUGGAUUGGCUUAUUGAAAUUGACUGAUCGUCUCAAAAGAGAAGCAUUAGGAACAGCCACUGACGAUAUUCAAAGUUUUGAAGUCUUACUAGACUUUCUUCAUUAUAUUUCCGACAAAUGUGAAACUAAACCUUUCUACUUGCAGAUGCUCAAAACAGCAUUACAAAUGCCUGAUAUAUUAUCAACAUCUGUUGAUUUUCCUCGAUUCAUUAGAUAUUCCAAUAUCGAAGAAAUUACAUUCAUUACGGAACGUUUAAAUAUAUCAAGUUAUUAUAAUUCAGGUGAACAGAGAAGAGCUGUAGCAGAAAUUCAGAAUUGUUUUUCGAGAGACUCAAGUUAUGAGGACAGUAAUAAACUGCUGAAUUCUAACGAGGUGUCUCGAAUCAACCAAUUAUUAACAAACUGGCAAAACAAUAGAAAACUUCGCACUUUCUUAGAACUCGUGCAAUAUCGCAUCUUUGCUGUUCCUAUACAACAGUUUAAUAUCAAAGUAUUAUAUUAUCCUCAACAAUUUACAGUUGAAUUAAGUAAAGAUCAUUAUGCAAUACAACUUAGGCUGGUGAACACACCAAUCGAUCAAGAAUUGUUAUCAAGUGCACAGCAAAAAUUCCAUUAUUCUAAUACGGAUAAUUUCAACAACUCAUCUGUAUCUCAAAAAACUAUUGAUGACAAAAAUACAUUUCCACAAGACAUUUUUACGUCUGCUAUCAAUGAAGAUAAUCCAGUUAGUGAAAUUGCCAAUUAUUUCAAAAAUCAAUUGUUUCAAAGUUGGAAAAAACUUCUCUUAGAUAAACAAACUUUAAGAGAAAAUCCUUCAAUUGAAAAGAUCACUGGAGUUCUCAAUGCUCUUCGAAACGAAUCUUCAAAAAGCUGGAAUGAAUUAACCAAAUCUAUCACAUUAUCUAAUGAACAAUUAUUCGAAACAGGUCUAGUUUUACGAAUCACACCACCAACUCUUAUCUCUCUCUUUCAACACAAAAUAGCAAAUUUUAAUUGGACAACUGAUCAACAUACAUUACUAGGUGGCAUUCUUGUCAAUUGGACAUUAGAACAACAGCUAGAGAGAGCUUUACAUUUUGCUAUUCAUGACAAACGUGAAGAUUUCAAAAAAGAAAUAUCAAAUAUACCUCAUAUCAAUUGGAUACCAUCAGAGCAUGUUCCAUGGUUAAUCUUGGAACUAGAAAUGAAUAUGACUAUUCGAGAAAUACAAAUUAGAGUGGCACGUCAUAUGAUGUAUCCCAAUGAGAUAAUAAAUGAUAAUACAGUAAAAAGUAUAGUAAUGCAAAUGAAUAUGGGUGAAGGAAAAACGUCAGUUAUUUUGCCAAUGUUAGCUCUUAGCCUAUCAUCAUCCAAUUCAAGUUUAGUUCGUAUCAUAGUCCUUAAAUCAUUAUUUCCAACAAAUUAUCAAUCGUUAAAAUAUAAACUAGGUGGUUUACUGAAUCGACGUAUUUUUUCAUUUACAUGUCGUCGUGAUAUGAAUUUUAACUAUCAACAAAUACAACAAGUUGACAAUCGUCUACAACAAGGAUUAAAGAAUUGCGAUGUGAUAUUAACUUCACCUGAAGAUAUUCUCUCAUUUGAUUUACUUACUAUAGAUAAAUGUCGACGGAAUGAAUUUGAUAUCGGUCGUUCCAUGCUGAAAAUUCAACGAUGGUUAAAGACAUAUGCUCGUGAUGUAUUAGAUGAAUCGGAUGAAAUUUUACAUGUUAAGUAUCAAUUGAUUUAUACUGUGGGUGGUCAAACACAAGUUGAUGCAGGUGCCGAACGAUGGAAAACUAUUCAAUUAAUACUUGAGUUGGUCAAAAAACAUGCCGAAGAGAUCGCAAAACGUUUUAGUGAAGAAGUUUGUUAUAAACCAACUGAACGAAAAAGUGCUUUUCCACAAUUGCGUUUGCAAUCACAUCAUCCAUUUCUAUCAUUAUGUCAAAAAAUCGCUAACGAUUGGAUCAAUACAAGGAAUUACCGUAAUGAAGAUAAAAAGAUCAUCGUAUCCUUCAUUUUAGAAACAAAUUCAUCAGCUGACCGUCUAAUUGAUAAAUUUCCUCCUAGUGAUAUUCAACUGUUUCUCAUUAUUCGAGGUUUACUAUGUUCAGAAGUUCUUUUAGUUGCUCUAAAGAAGCGACAUCGAGUUAAUUAUGGUGUCAAUUCAAAUUUGUCUUUUAAUCGCUUAAUGGCUGUGCCAUUUCGUGCGAAGGAUGUAGUAGCUGAUAAAACCGAAUUUGGUCAUCCUGAUGUUGCCUUAGUGUUAACACAUCUUUCUUAUUAUUAUUCUGGUUUAAAUAAUGAACAAUUAACUCAAUGUUUAAAUCGUUUGAGUGAAGAAGAAACGGAUCCUGCAUCAAUUUAUGAUGAAUGGAUUUUAUAUGGAAAAGAAGAUGAUAUACCAACUAAUAUUAAACAAUGGAAAGGAGUUAAUAUAAAAGAUUAUCAACAAAGAACGUGUUAUCUUUUUCCUACUCUACAAUACAAUAUAUUAGUGAUCAAUUAUUUCCUAAAUCAUUUUGUAUUUCCUCGAGAAGCAAAACAAUUCCCACAUAAACUAGUUGCAUCUGCUUGGGACUUGUCGUCAUCUGCACGAUCAAAGAUUAUCACUGGAUUUAGUGGAACUAAUGAUACUCAAUUGCUUCUUCCUGUUCAUAUUCGUCAGUAUGAUUUACCUGAACUUGAAAAAACUGAUGCAAUCGUUGUUAACAAUUUAUUACAACCUGAAAAUAAAAGUUAUCAAUAUUUCCCAGUCAAUGCUUCUUCAAAUGAAAUUCUAAAUCUAAUCGUAAGUUAUAAAGAAAGAAUUAAUGUGAUUUUAGAUGUUGGAGCAUUAUUCAUUGAUGGAACCAAUCGAGAUAUUGCUAUUAAAUGGUUGGAUCUAUCCGAUAAAAAGAUGAUUGAUUAUACAGUUUAUUUUGAUUCAGAUUCAAUUGUUGUCUGUGAUCGUCAAUUACAUCAUCAUCGGUUUGAAACAUCUCCUGCAAGUGAACGAUUAGAUCGUUGUGUAUUUUAUUUAGAUGAAAUUCAUACCCGUGGAACUGAUUUUAAAUUUCCAAAAGGAUUUCGAGCUGCAGUCACAUUAGGAAAUGGUUUAACAAAAGAUCGUUUUGUUCAAGCAUGUAUGAGAAUGAGGAAAUUAGGAGAUGGACAUUCAUUAACAUUUUGGAGUUCAUAUGAAGUUCAUCAACAGAUUAUAAGAUUAAAAAGAGAUCGGUCUCUUAAAAAUCAAGACAAAAAUACUGAUGAUUUCAUUAAUUUGAUUGAUAUUCUUCGUUGGGUAUAUGAAAAUACCAUACAAUCGACGUGGGAUGGAUUACAUCAUUGGGCUGCACAAAGUUUAAGUUUUCAGCGGAAAGUUGCGGCAUUUCGAGAGAUUCAGUGGGAUGAUUAUGAACAAUUGUUUUCCGAUGCCAUGAUGGAAGAGUUGGCGAAAGAAUGUUUGGAACCGGAAAUUAUUGAAUUAAUACAUAUGUAUGGUGCUUGUAAAGUAUUGCAAACAGUAUCCGAGAUUCAUUCUGCUCGAUGUCAACAAACUAAUUAUCAUUUAUCGACAGAAAUUUGCGAUCCAGUAUUAAAACGAUUACAGGAUUAUGGUGGACAGAAACAACGUUUAUCACAAUUAUUGGAUGAAGAACAACAACGAGAAUUAGAACAAGAACUAGAAGAAGAAAGACAAUUAGCACGUCCACCACCAGUCGAACCAUGUGAACCCACACUGUAUGAGGAAAUUAAGAGGUUAUGUGAUAUAAAUAGUAAGAAAAUGAAUUUAUCUCAAUUUCCUUUGGUAUUUCAACCUCUUACAUUUGCUUUUACUGAUACCACAUUCUAUAAUGACUGUCAACCAAAUAGUUGGCGACAAAAUUUGUGGGUUUCUACUGAAUUUCAGCGAGUAAUUCUGACUAAAGGAGAAUCACUAAAUCCUUUUUUGCGUUCUCCACGAUGGGCCGUUGUCUAUCGAAAUCAACAUAUUAUAUUUAUCAGUGCUUAUGAGGCUAAUUGGUUGAUUCACCAUUUGAAAUCCAAUAAAUCAUCGGUUACCACAUUGCGCUUAUUAUUACCUCGUAUUAAACGAAUCCAAUCAAUCUUUUUCAAUACUCCUACACUAACUAUUCCUCCAUCCAUUCCACCUUAUAACAACACCAAUAUUUACUGCAUGCCAUUAGAGUGGUUGGUUCAGUUAUUUGUCUUUAAUGGCACCCUUUAUUUUGAAACUAUUAAUGAGCAAACAGCUUUUUGUCAAUGCUUAGGUUUAUGUCCAAAACCUCGAACUCAAACUGAAGAAACGGCCUUCGAAAAAGGUUGGAUUGCUGUUGAUGGCUUCGUGAGCAGACCAAAAUGUCGUCAACAUUUACGAAUGAAUCAAGUGCAAUUCAAUUCGAAUCCACUAAAAUUCGUCAAACACAUAAUUGAAAAUCGAAAUAAUUCACAUGCAGCCGUAACAUCACAUGUUGGCAGUAUUAUACUCAAUUCACUCAAACUGUUUUAA